UCAGUUUCGUUUGCAACGUGCGCGCGAAAAGACGCAAAAGUCGAAAGAAAAGUGCGAGGAAAACCAGUUGGCUGAGUCCUACGCCGAAUUUUGAGAAAAGUAAGAGUAAGAUCCAUACCGAAAACUUUAGAUAUACAGAGAGAGAAAGAGACCCCACCUUUAACCCCCCGAAAAGAACCACCGAAGCAGAGCGAAGAUGUCGCAUUCAGUGACCAUUACCCGCACCACCACCAGCACCACCAACACCUCCUACAUUGUCCUGAACACGGGCUAUCUGAAGACUUUCCCCGGCAUCCUCAAGCUCUUCGAGCUGAUCAUUGGUGCUUCCAUUGUGGGAAUUCUGGCGUUCAACUACCAGGACUACCACAGAUACUUCUAUGGCCAGCAGGAUCUGUUCCAUUAUCUGAUGGCCGUUACCUUUAUGAUAGGAACGUUCUGUUUACUCCUCGCCUGCCUCACGUCGCUCAGCACGGGCGGCAUUAUUGCCAAGACGAUCUAUGAGCUGAUUUACCACAGUGUGGCCGCCAUCCUGAUCCUGGUCUCGUCCACCAUCCUGCUGCUCAAGCUGCGCGAUGUAAAGCACGACGCCUAUAUGGCAGCCGGUGUUUUGGGCCUGGUCAAUGCGGUGCUGUACUUCAUCAGCGCCUUCCUGGCCCACCGAUCCUAUCGCGGCAUUUAAGCACUAAAGCACCCAAAACCCACCGCCCACUCGGCCAUUCAAGUGGAAUUUGCAAUCUCGAAGCAUUUGUUCUUCCCACAACCAACUCUAGCCACUGGUCAUGCGAAGCAGGAGAAGGAGGCGAGAGCCCAGGGAUAUACAAACAUAGAUGUAGAGAAAGUGGGUGCCAAGCGGCGGAAUCUUUGUUGUACUGUGAAACGUUCUUUGGCGCUAGUUACACUUACUUGUACUUUUACCGAUAUAUACAAAACUUUUUUUUUGUCUCACUUUCUUUUGUACCAAACAGAUUGUCAUGUAUUCGAAUAAAGAUGUGUGUCUAUAUGUUUUUUCUAAAUGUGUAGUAGUUUGUUUAUUUGUUGCUUCAGCUGCAAUAGUUUUUUAUUGUCGGCAUGCUUUAAUUGUGUUGGCCAGUGUACUUUGUACUUUUUGAUUUUGAACCGAUCGUAAAAAGUGUUGCAUACUUUUGGGCCAUGCGGGAAAUGUUGCUGUUAGCAAGCAAAUAUAUAAAUUCGAUGAAAUCAUAAUUUCAUUUAAUUUAAUACCAAAGAGUAAUAGAAAAAACGUGG